AUACGGAGCAGAGGGGCGUGAAGACACCCGUACAGAUGAGAUAGCUGACAGAGAACUGGCGGAGGCACUACAGAGGUCCAUACAGGAAAGCGGACAACACUGAUGCAUUUGGAGACAGCUGGAGAGGGCCCGACCAACCAGACACUGCAGAUGGACAAACUACCUCACCGCAGCCCCCAUCAUUUACAUUACCCAGAACCUUAGACCAAAUGUCCUCAUCCCCCUCCCCUUCCCAAAGCCCUUCCUCUGGCCAACCCCAAACCCCGGAUUGCUCUCCAUCUGCUCCGACCGCCUUGGAGCAGGCCUCUGCACCAGGGCUGUGCCGGGACCACCCUGGCCUACAGGAGCUUCCUCGGCCUUUGUGUUCCGCAGAGGAUGCUGGUUCUACACCUCAUCAGGUCCACCCUCACCCUCUGCCUGUCGAUAGCAACUCCAGGGUGUCCCCUGUACCCUGUCCCUCAACAGACGCCCUCCGUACAUGUCCCCCUCCUGCAGACAUGACUACGGCAUCCCAGUAUCCGGAGGAUGAGGUACAGCCGGGCCACGCAGAGGGGGAUGCUGAAUCAGAUGAGGUGAAGAACAGCCCUGUGCUCCCCAAUGUAGGGGAACUUUCCCCCAUUCAACCCAUGGAGCAGGAGGCGACUGAGUCUGACAUCGUUGAUGCUACAGAUCCCCGUACGAGUGCUCCUAGCCAACCGGACUCUGUGGAAAUGGAGUCCCCCACUGCUUCCCAGGGCGUGGCGUCCCCUGAGAGGGACCAGCCUGAAGGAGAGCAUUGUUCCAGCUCCGACAACAUCCCGUCGCUGGCAGCCGCUCUGAUGGAGCUUCACGAGCUGCUAGUGUCCAACAACCGUGCUCAGUUCCAAAACCGCAGCACCUCCUGCUCCCCCUCGCAUCCAUUCAAACAGGAAACAGAUGACCCCAAGCCAUGCACCCCGACGCCCGAAAAGACCCAGCGUAUCCCCUCUACUGCCAUCCCAGCCGGUGCAGAACCAAGCGAUGCCAAAGCCAACCAUGCUGCUCCUGUGUCUAAUGAGGGACCAUCUAAUUGUCUUGUGCCUGACGUCUCUGGCCAGGAUGAGCAUCUGCGUGGGGAUACAGCACAGACUGUGGAGGGACAAGGACCACCGCAGCGUCCAGUUUAUCUGCCCUCCUCCAGGGAGAGGAGGGCAGAUAAAUGUGGCCGAGAUGAAGUAAAUAACGUCAGCAGUUUGCAUCCUGAGCCAGAGGUCCCUCCUGAUCCUGCAAGGGACCUGGAUGUCAGGGAGCCUCCGGAAGGGCAGCAGGGCAGAGGGGUUGCAGAUGGACGAGCCUCUGGCACCAACACCCCAGACACUCUUGGCCUCCAGACUGAGCACACUUUUCUCAGCCCUCUGUCUAUGGCAGUGGGCUCACCUGAGGAAGUCUCUAGCACCUCCUCCCUCUCUUCCCCUCGUCUUGCUCAGGCUGCCCAGCUUACAUCUCCAGCCCCUCUCCUCCCUUCUCCGCAUCCCUUUAUAGAACAAUUUCCAGCUGCGCACAUCCAGAGAAUCCAGGCAGCAGGGUUUUCUGCCAGGGAGGCUGCAGAGGCACUGGAACAAGCCCAUGGGGUUGUGGAGCUAGCUUUGCUGGCACUACUAGCCCGCAGUAUCACUGUGCCCACCUAGACUCAUAAAUUGUCCUACGAGUCCCCAGCCACCCAAAUCAGCAUCUCUAAUUUAUACGUAGUUACUGAUCCAGAUGUCUCAGUCCCUCCUUAGGGAGCACGUAUAAACACAGGAAAAUGCUGUCAGAAUUUCCAAGACAAACAGGACAACUGGUAAAUACUUCUGGAUACUGCUGAUAUGGGAGGUGUGUUUGCAUGCAGAUGUUUUGGGUGGACACCCAUUUCAUUGGUUUUUAGAGAGUUGGCAUGGUAGAUUGAUUUUCUUCUUGUUUUGUCGUCCAACGUUAAAACAUCAUUAAAUGCCCAAUGUAUGUUUGGUUCUUUUUAAACAUUAUUAUAAUUUCCCCUUUGAUAUGUCAUAAAAACCUUUGUUGUUUAAGUUGCAUAGCAUCAAUUAAAAAAAAUCUCAAAAUGGAGUGUUACCCCUACUCUCUGUUCCAGGGCUCUUCUGAGCUUUAGAUCACUCAGCAUAAAUAUGGAUAUUGAAACAAUUGGCUGAUGAAUGGUUUUUAUGUUUGUAGCUCGUUCAAUUCACAAAUCCGAACCCAAUGAUGGAAAAACUACGUUGUGAGAACUGUUGCAGUUAAGAAGGGUUGAUCAAGUUUACAAAUAAUUUCUCUAGAUAAGUGGAAGCCUCCUUUAUCCACGGCUGUUAUCACACUGAAAUAUCAAGUGAGCCAUAAGUGCGUAUGUUGACGUAUCAGAGAUGGCAUUUUCCGAUUUAGUAUGUGUAUUACAGAAGGUAACUUGUACUGUAUGUAUUAUUUUCCACAGUUUUGAAAGCUUUGCCAGAUGUAGAUUACAAAACUGUAGCUCCUGUUAAAAAAUCCUUUUUAUUUUGUGUCAAAUCAUCACAGUGUGUGUUCAUACCUUUUUAAAAACACCCAUUUUCAUUUUGUAAUCUGUUAGAAUAUUGCCAUGUCAGUACAUCAUAUAUCAAGGAUGGAUUUUAAUGGCUUUAUUUGGGUCGUAUACAAACAAUGUUCAGGCAGAUUGAAUUAUCUACUUUUAUCUUGUAUGGAAUUUUAAAUUGCAAAUAAAAUGGAACUAGUAUUUGUACA